CUGGAUCUCGGCCUUCCCGGCGGAGUUCGACCUGAACCCGGAGCUGGCCGAGCAGAUCAAGGCGCUGAAGGCUCUUCUGAACCAAGAGGGGAACCGCCGGCACAGCAGCCUCAUUGACAUCGAGAGCGUCCCCACCUACAAGUGGAAGCGACAGGUGACCCAGCGCAACCCCGUGGGACAGAAAAAGCGCAAGAUGUCCCUGUUGUUCGACCACCUGGAGCCCAUGGAGCUGGCCGAGCAUCUCACUUACUUGGAGUACCGCUCCUUCUGCAAGAUCUUGUUCCAGGACUAUCACAGCUUCGUGACGCACGGGUGCACCGUGGACAACCCGGUCCUCGAGAGGUUCAUCUGCCUGUUCAACAGUGUCUCCCAGUGGGUGCAGCUGAUGGUCCUCAGCAAGCCCACCGCCCCGCAGCGCGCCCUGGUCAUCACGCACUUUGUGCACGUGGCGGAGAAGCUGCUGCAGCUGCAAAACUUCAACACGCUGAUGGCCGUGGUCGGCGGCCUGAGCCACAGCUCCAUUGCCCGCCUCAAGGAGACGCACAGCCACGUCAGCCCUGAGACCAUCAAGCUCUGGGAAGGUCUGACAGAACUGGUGACAGCCACCGGCAACUAUGGCAACUACCGGCGCCACCUGGCGGCCUGCGUGGGCUUCCGCUUCCCCAUCCUGGGUGUGCACCUCAAGGACCUGGUGGCCCUGCAGCUGGCGCUACCCGACUGGCUGGACCCUGCCCGAACCCUGCUCAAUGGGGCCAAGAUGAAGCAGCUGUUCAGCAUCCUAGAGGAGCUGGCCAUGGUGACCAGCCUGCGGCCACCAGUCCAAGCCAACCCAGACCUGCUGAGCCUGCUGACGGUAUCCCUGGAUCAGUAUCAGACAGAAGACGAGCUGUACCAGCUGUCCUUGCAGCGAGAGCCACGCUCCAAGUCCUCGCCCACCAGCCCCACGAGCUGCACCCCGCCUCCCCGGCCCCCGGUGCUGGAGGAAUGGACCUCGGCUGCCAAGCCCAAGCUGGACCAGGCCCUCGUGGCGGAGCACAUCGAGAAGAUGGUGGAGUCUGUGUUCCGGAACUUUGACGUGGAUGGGGAUGGCCACAUCUCCCAGGAAGAGUUCCAGAUCAUCCGUGGGAACUUUCCUUACCUCAGCGCCUUCGGGGACCUCGACCAGAACCAGGCGGGGUCUAAGGCCCCAGUCCCACCCUCAGAAGGAGAAGGUCGAGUCCUCACCCCUCUGUUGCAGAUCCUGGGUAUCUACAAGCAGGGCCUCAAAUGCCGAGCCUGCGGCGUGAACUGCCACAAGCAGUGCAAGGACCGCCUGUCGGUCGAGUGUCGUCGCCGCGCCCAGAGUGUGAGCCUGGAGGGGUCUGCGCCCUCGCCCACCCACGGCCACCAUCAUCGCGCCUUCAGCUUCUCCUUGCCCCGCCCGGGCAGGCGAGGCUCCCGGCCUCCGGCAGAGAUCCGUGAGGAGGAGGUGCAGACGGUGGAGGACGGUGUGUUUGACAUCCACUUGUAACUGAUGCUGUGACUGGAUCCAGGACUCAUUCCUGCCUUGGAGAAAAGACUUGGACCCCAGCAGGGAGCCUGGGUUGGGGGGGUGGGCUGGGGCUGGGGGGGGUGUCAGGGCAGCAUGCGACUAAGGGCGGGGCUGGGGCCAGUG